ACAAGAAUGGCCCUGUAAGUAUUAUAUGGUGUAGAUACGAGUGUGUAAACGGUGAGCAGUUAACAGUGCACAGCGUUAUUUUCGGUUCACUCUCGGUGUCGAUCAAGGCUCUAUAUUUCUAUCUGUUCUGUGGUGCAUUGGAUUAUUUCUGUGAUACGCUGAUUAAUUUUCGACACAUCAAGGCCAGUGACCUUCUCCUCUUUGACAUUUCGAGACAUUUGAAGUUUUGCCGGUGGUGCAGCCGGAAAUGUGAGCCUUCCAGGUCUGCUGUCACAGCGCCGGGUCACAGUGCCUCCCUUCAGGGGUUGACGUUUUACUGACACUGGAACUGCACCUUCAAGAAGAUGCCCCCUAUCGAGCAGCAGAUGAACCGGAAGCACAAGGAACCCUUGGUGCUGUGGUAUGGGAAGCGAGGAGAGUUGUUGGUCAUCGAUCCUUGUCACCCAGAUGGCGAGGUGAAGACAGAAGACGAGCUAGAUGGAGAGGAAGAACCCCAGUCGUUGGAGUACCAGUUCGCGUCCACAACCACAUGUCAUGGCCUCGCGAGAAUUGCCGAGAGUGAGCGUAAGCCCCGGCGCCUGUUUUGGGUGCUGGUGGUCACCAUGGCUUUCAGCCUGGCGGCUUGGCAGAUCUCGCUGCGGUUUGUGAACUUCUUCAGCUUCCCGACGAAUACAGAUAUAUCGAGGGUCUAUGAGAUGGAGAAGAAGUUCCCUGCCGUUACAAUCUGUAAUUAUAACACCUUUCUCAAAUCUAAACUGACAGACGACGACUACAAACUGCUCAACUCGGCGGAGGAACUGUCUCACUUCUAUGACAUCUCAAGCAGUAGUUUAAAAGAGAUCAUGUAUAAAGACUUAGAGAAGAAGUAUCCUGGUGGCGGUGAUGUUGGACAGAUGAUCAGUCAGAAAGGAUGGACGUUACAAGAUGGAUCCACUCUGAUAUCGUGUACAUUUAGAGGAAAACCAUGCGACCUGUCGAGCUGGACUCACAGAUUCACUGCUUUCGGUAACUGCUAUACAUUUAAUGGCGAUUCUAGUCAAAAACUCACUCAGAUCCUGCCGGGUUCUUCCAAUGGACUCACAGUGGAACUAGAUAUACUAAGCGAUGAAUACUCAACCGAGGUACCUCAAGCCACUCGGGAGACUGGCGCGAGAUUUCUUGUCCACCCCGAGUACGAGCCUCCCUAUGCAGUAUGGGAGGGUCUCUCAGUUAGCCCUGGCACCCAUGCCAAUGCCGGCAUCAAGGAAAAAUAUCACACGAACCUUGGGGGACCGUGGGGCGAAUGUGACCCUGGUAUGAAGGUGUCCUACUCCAAGCAGUAUACAAGGUCAGCCUGCGUGAUGGAGUGCAAGCGAUUCUACAUCCUGGAGGAGUGUCACUGUAAGCCCGUCUACCAACUAGGAGAGGGCGCCAACUGCACUCUCCUACAGAUGGCGUGUGCGAAGAAGGUUACUCAUUCAAUCAACGAAAACUUCAAUUGGUAUUGCAACUGUCCUGUUCCGUGUAACUUCCAUGAGUAUGAUGUGCAACUCUCUUAUUCCAAACUGGCCGGAUCAAGAGAAACCAAGCAUCAAAGAAAACUAGACGAAUCCUAUAUUUCCAAGAACAUCGUGGGUAUAGGCGUGUAUUAUGAGGACCUGAGCUUUGAUCAUAUUCAACAGCAAGCGAGCAUUGAUGCUGGAUCUUUCCUCAGCGACCUCGGGGGUCAAAUGGGCCUAUUCGUCGGGAUGAGUCUGCUGACUAUGCUGGAGUUCAUCGAGUAUUUCAUGGCGAGGACCUACAUGUCCUUCAAGGGAUUCACCAGAGGAAGGAUCUCAAAGUCAACCGAGGAAUAAGUGCCUAGGACUUGUCUUAAUCCAUGAAUAUAUAACACACUCUAAAACUGUGUGAUAUUUCAAAGGAGUAGAGCCCAGGGGCCAGGAAAUACCAGAUGCGAUAAUACACCCGCGUAGAAGUUCGAAUUUGAACAGAAAGUGCAAAGUGUUUCUACUGAGUCGUACCUGGCUACAGGGGAUAUUGGUUUAGUUACAUCUUUACCAACAUGUCGAAUAAGCAUGAAAAAAAUAUAUUAGCAUCGUCGUUUCAUCACUGACUGUGUUUUAAUAGCAUCGUCCCAUACUUGCGUUAUAUGGUCCACUAAAUGUGGCUGGAACAGUCAACCGGUAUCUAGUCUCACUAUCAAAACACAGAACUUACUUAAUCCAGUCAACCGGUAUCUAGUCUCACUAUCAAAACACAGAACUUACUUAAUCCAGUCAAUUAACAUUAAUUUAAAUUCACGAUUAUUAGUCAACUGUUAAGAUAUAUUUUGAUAUUCCUUUU